UGUUAGUGUGCCUCGAGGACUGCGGUUGGGAAUGCCUGACCUACUGUACAGACUGUGCACCUCUCAUUUAAUGCAUCGUUUGGAGAUGAGCAACAUCUCACAAACUAGAGGAAGAGACAGUAUAUCAACAAAACAGCAAUUAGUUUUGUUUGCUCAGCUGUAGAGCAAGUUAGACCAUAGAAAAGUCAAGUUGUUUACUUUGGAUUGAUACACAGUUCCACGUCAUUUUUAAAUGAAUUCCAGUUUUGUUAUUUGAACUAUAAUGUAAAUGGGUAACUAUUCCCGCACAUUAACUGCUACUUCUGCUAUACUUCAGCUGCAGCAAUGCAAGAGGCUGGGUCACACAGCACACUGCAUACAACAGCAAAGUGAAAAAGUUUUUUUCCCCCCUUUGCCACGUCCUCCUCCUCCAACUUCCUGGCCAGCGAUCCCUCCUCCAGGUUGCAGCUGAGUGUUCUAGGCUGAUAAUCCUAAGAAAGUUGCAGCUAGGAGAGCACCUUUCAGAUGGAGGAGGGAUGUACCCUAUUUUAGCGGUGGAGCGUGCCAGCAUCAGCAGCAAGGCUACCAGCAAGUGACAUUCCCUGUAUUGUAAUUGGAUGACUGUGCAGCAAGAAGAGAUGCUACAUCUAAGAUGAAAAGAUACUGUCAGUGACCUUCACUUUGAUAUGGGUCUCCCGGCAGCCACCCUCCUGUUGUCAGCCACAGUUUCGUUGUUGGGAGGGCUGAUAUUUGGAUAUGAACUUGGAAUAAUCUCUGGUGCCUUACUCCAGCUUAAGAAUGCUUUUUUACUCACCUGUUUCAAACAGGAGGCACUGGUGAGCUCAAUUCUGAUUGGAGCACUUUUCGCCUCAAUUAUAGGAGGCUUCCUAAUUGACCGCUUUGGGCGAUGGACAUCCAUAAUCUCAAGCAAUGUGUUGGUGCUGCUAGGAAGCUCAAUUUUAAUAUUUUCAAGAUCUUUCUGGUCUUUGAUUAUUGGACGUGUUGCUAUUGGUUUUGCGAUAUCCAUCUCAUCAAUGGCAUGCUGCAUCUAUAUUUCAGAAAUCGUCCAGCCGCACCAGCGUGGUAGGCUUGUGUCUCUUUAUGAGACUGGUAUUACCAUCGGCAUUCUAACUUCAUAUGGAAUGAAUUACUUUUUCUCCAGCUCAAAUUCUGGAUGGAAAUACAUGUUUCUAGUGGCUGUUUUCCCAGCUAUUCUACAGCUUAUUAGUAUUCUCUUUCUCCCAUCCACACCUACUAAGAUAAAUACCUCAGGACAAGAAUCCCAGAGUGGCACUAUUCAGCUAGAAGAUUUUGCGGCAAUAGAAGAUGUUAAACCAGCUUCAUCCAUGAGGGUUUACUCAUUUCUGGACCUCUUCCGCUCCAGGGACAAUAUGAGAACGAGGACUUUAGUGGGUUUAGGAUUGGUGCUUUUUCAACAAUUAACCGGACAACCUAAUGUACUUUAUUAUGCAUCAACCAUAUUCCGAGCAGUGGGGUUUCAGAGCAAUUCUUCGGCUGUGUUGGCAUCUGUAGGUCUUGGGAUAGUGAAGGUUCUCUCAACACUGGUUGCAAUGAGCUAUGCAGAUAAAGCUGGAAGGAGAAUUUUACUUCUUGCUGGCUGUAUAAUAAUGGCCAUUUCUGUAACUGGAAUAGGUUUUGCAAGUUUUAUGGUCAAAUUGGACACAUAUAAGAGUUGUGAAUCCAUUGCACAACUUAAUGCAUCCUCUUCUGUAUCUAACUCUUCCGUAGCAUUGGAAUCUAUUAGUGACAUCGCUAUAUCUAUUGAAGCCCAACGGAGUUCCCCCAUGACUAGAACACAGGUAUUUACAACAGGGUUCAUUAGCAGGAACACUUCCAGUCCCCAAGGCACCUCUCUCUCCAGCAUUGAGCCGGAUCAUUCCGUUUUAAAUUGGAUUACUCUUUUGAGUUUGAUGGCAUUUGUAAGUGCUUUUUCUAUUGGAUUUGGACCAAUGACCUGGUUGGUACUCAGUGAAAUAUAUCCCACUGAAAUUCGAGGUCGAGCAUUUGCUUUCUGUAACUGCUUAAACUGGGGAACAAACCUGCUGAUCACACUGUCAUUUUUAGAUGUCAUUGAAUCCAUAGGUCUGUCCUGGACAUUCUUCAUGUAUGGUCUGAUGGGAGUUGUGGCUACUGUAUUUAUUUACUACUUUAUUCCGGAAACAAAAGGACGAACACUUGAAGAAAUUGAUGAACAAUUCUCAGAUAAAAGUUUCAGAUUCAUCAACGGGAAUCCGUUAUGUGGGAGGUUUGGAAUAAAACCGUUAUCUGAACCGGAGUACCAAAGAAUGGGGCAACCGAACACCUCAGACUCCAGCUUGUCGAGUGGCUCCUGAUAAUGUUAUUGUAGAGAGAAAUAUCACACGGAGAAAGCCCUUGGAACAUUGCAAUGCUUAUCCCUUUUUGAAGAUCUCUCUGUGCAACCAGAACUCACUCAGACCUUACAGGACACAGGGGGAGAUGUAUCAAUCCUCUUCCCUGAACAUGAUUUCUUUCUGCUUUCAGUCUACCCCAGGCAUACCCACCCUUGAUCUUCAAGGUAUACUAACAGUGCAGGUUUUAGUGAUUAUUUCCAGGCUUCAUCACAGAUGUUAAAUAAAAAUAACUGAGGUACUAAUUAAUCCACCUGUGCUCAAGCAUGGAUAUUACUAAAACCUGGAUUGUUAGUGUGCCCUUAAGAUCGAGUUUGGGAAUGCCUGGUCUACCCCAACACUUUUUUCCUACAUGUAUAGAUUUCAUUUUAUUUAUUUUUGCUACAAAAAGCUUGUAGUUCGUUGUUUUACAGGCAGGGCUGCCAGGAAAAGUCCUGUGCCCAGUACUUUUAUGGGGGCAUGUCCAGUUGAUGGGGCAUGGCCAUGCCCCAUUGUUAUCAGGCCCGCAUGGUGUAGUUCUGCUACUGGGGGGGGGUGUGGUAACAUAAUUCUUGGCUUGUCACCUACAGACAUUUCUAGUUGGGUUGCAAUUCCUACCAACAGCCAAACAUCCAAAAAUCCCUCAUUAUUUAAAAAGGGUUUCUGAACUUAAAAAGAGAAUCAGUAACUCAAACCUAGUGCCGUCUUCAGCAGCCCCAUAUUCCGCUGAUCUCCUGAGUACAUUCAGAAGAUGAAGGGUUUAGGAAUGCGACUCAAAUCAAUUGCUGAGAUUGUGUGAGAUUGAUAGCUAGGCCAUUGAUUCCUAAAUCCGGUCCUUAAGGCACCGCAAUAGUCCAGGUUUUAAGGAUAUCCAUUGCUGAGCACAAAUGCUUAAAUCAAAAUGACCGCGGUACUAAUUAAAUCACCUGUGCUCAGUCAUGGAUAUCCUUAAAACAUAGGGGCUAUUCAGAUCUGAUCGCUGCUGUGCGUUUUCGCACAGCAGCGAUCAGGUCUGAACAGCGCAUGCGUCGGCGCCGCAGUGCGCCGGCGCAUGCCAGACAGCCGACAGCUGCCUUAACUCUGCGAUCGCCUCUGCCUGAUUGACAGGCAGAGGCAGUCGCUGUGCGGGAGGGCGCGGGCCGGUGGUAUUUGGCCGCCGUUUAGGGGGCACGAUCCGGGCAACGUUGGGGCGGGCCGUGGCGGCUGUGUGACAUCGCAUGCAGCCGCUGCGACCAUCACAGCGAUAAGUAGCUCCCUGCCAGCGUGCAGGAGCUGCGCUGGCUGGGAGCUGCUCUUCCAGUACAAAAGCAUUGUCGCUGUGCGAUGCUUUUGUACUUGUGCGGGGGUGGGGUGGGGGGGUCGGGCCUGACAUGCGGGGCGGACUGGCCCUGUGCUGGGCGUCCCACCGCAUGUCUGAAGACUGAUUGUAGAGGCGUUGCCUCUACGAUCAGGUCUAAAUUAGGCCCAUAGACCGAUGGGAUGCCUUAUGGAUUGCUUUUGGGAACCACCUAACUACUGUAGGCCAAACGGUCGGUUCCAUAUGUAAUUUGAAUUAUUUUAAACUGUAUUGUUUUUUUCAUACAUCAAUAAGGAUAUCUGUCAGAUUAAGUGUUUUUAUAUUUUUGACUUUACUGAAAAAAAAAAAAAUUGUGAUCAUGGUUUCCUGAUGACUC